UUCCCGCGCCCUUCGCCUUCCCCCUUUUUCUUUCUAGGGUUUCAAAUUUCAAAUCUAGGGUUUUCAACGUACAUCCCAAAGAAUUGAAAACCCAAUCUUUUUUCCUUGAGUUAUCCUAGUCAGGCUCCUCUGAGUUCAAAAUCCAUGGCUAAAGAGGUGAAAAUGGCGAAAAGGGAGGUGGUCGAGGACGAGAGAGAGCAGUGCAGUGCAGAGAGGAGGUGUAUAAGGUCUGAGUACCUCAACAUAAAGAACUUGAUCUCUGAUAAGAAGGAUGAUAUUAUGAGCGUGGACUCUGACAAGUUUGAUUCAAUAAUUUCUGAAGUGGAGACCCUUCAUCAGUUUGUUGAGAAGCCUAGGGAGCAAGUGGCAGAUGCAGAGGCUUUAUUAGACAUAGCCAACACUCUAGUGGCUGCUUUCAGCUCUGAGAAAAAUGGAGUGACCCCUUCGGAUUUUGUUACUGCAUUGAUCAGGAAAUUUGGGAUGAAGACCGGAACAAAGAGUAUGCACACUGGUCUUAACUCUGUCUCCUGGGCUGAUAUUGGCUUUUCGGUCUCAUAUAUUUUCAAGAAAGCCCCUUCGUGUUGUACCAUGGUUGGUCCUAUGAAGACUGAGAUAAAGCAGCGAGCUUCUGUAUCUCGUAGAAAAAGGUUAAGGCCCACUGAGAGCAGCCGUCCUGAAUUGCUUGCUGCCAAUGAGGAACAAGCAAAAUCUGAUACUGACAAGAAGAUGGUCACCAUGUUUGAAAUUUUGAUAAAGAAGAGAAGUGUAAGACUUGAAUCUCUGGUCUUAAAUAGAUCGUCUUUUGCCCAGACAAUUGAGAACAUAUUUGCUCUAUCAUUUCUGGUGAAAGAUGGCAGGGUUGAGAUAACCAUGAAUGAUAAUGGCGACCACCUUGUUUUGCCGAGAAAUGCUCCUGCUGCUAGUGCAGUUACCUCAGGGCUUGUCUGUUACCGUCAUUUUGUUUUCAGAUUUGAUUACGAGGACUGGAAGCUGAUGGCUGAAUGUGUUGAGGUUGGGGAUGAACUGAUGCCUCACCGCUGCAACUCAGAUACAGUUACACGCAACUCACGAACAGGAGAACAAACUCAGGGGUACUCUCAUGUUCAGGUUCCAACCCCGAUAAAAAAGUUCUCCAGAAAUCACGGUUUAGUUACACCGGAGAACUCUGUUGGCAACGGCUCCCCCGAACCAAAAGAUGCCGAUGGAAGUGAUUCUUCUCAGACAAGGAAAAGGCAGUGCCUCUUUAGUUAGAUGAAGAGAGAGAUGUCCGUUUGUGCAGUCAAUGUCUCAUUUUGUCUAUAUAUAUAUGGUAGAAUCUUUUGGAAAUACAUCAUACUAGAGCAGAAAGCCUAAUUUUGCGAAAUGAAACUGGGUGGAUAUGCUGCCAAAAUUUUGUGAUAGAAGAACAAACAAUGCUCUGAAGUUAUUUUAGAUUAGGUUGAAUGUUAGUGGUAAUUAUGAACUAGAGUUAGAAAUUAAGUGUUACUGU